AUGUCUUCUUCAUCUUCAUCUUUGCGCAGUAACAGUCAGACUAAGAGAUAUACACCAAACAACUACGCCGCAACCAAAAAUGAAGUAGGGGUAUUUACGACCCCUGGAUAUUCAGAGGAUAUCAAAACUCUAUGGAAAUUUAAGAAUGCAGAGGAAGCCGGGAAGAGCGCAGAGGGGAUUUGGGAAUUGUUCGAAGGGUAUAGGGACAAAAAUGACUUCGUAGGCAUGGACAUAUGUCGUAAAUUUAUUCAAAUGGGUCGAACUCGCUCACUGCGCUAUGCAUUAAGACCAGGAGGAAGGAAAUAUGAUCCUUCUACAGGUGAAGCACGCGAAAGGACAGGGAAAGUGUACGAUCAAGGUAAACUGGAGGGAGCGGAGGUAUAUGAGAAGUGGUUGGGGAAAUGUUGGGACGAUGAGUGCUAUAAGAAAGCUUGGGAAAGCUGGAGAGAGGGGAAGGACGAUAUUGAAGUUGUGGACGAGGGCAAUGUCAAGGAUCAGUCAGAUGUGGAAGACCUAUCGGGGGAGGGAUAUGAGAAAGACCAAAAGGAGAAGAAGAGAAAAAGACCCAAAUCUGCUAUGAAGGGUGAACCUGAGGUAAAAGCGAAAGAUCAUCCUGGGUCAAAGAAGAGAAUCAAGAAAUCGUAG